GGGAGGGGCGGCGGGGCGGGGGCCUCCGGAAAAACGCCCCAACUUCCUGCCCCGCCAGAGCCAGGAAGCGGGAGCCGGGACGCAGGGCCCGGGAUCGCCGAGCCCGACCUCGGGCGCCCCGCCGGUCACCUCCCCGCGCGGACUCCAGCCCUGUGGAGCCCAUGGAGGCAGAGGACAUCCCCCGCGGGCUGGCCCCAGGACCACCGCGGCCUGGCCUGGUGCCAGUCAGCAUCAUCGGGGCUGAGGACGAGGAUUUUGAGAACGAGCUGGAGACGAACACAGAGGAGCAAAACAGCCAGUUCCAGAGCCUGGAGCAGGUGAAGCGGCGGCCUGCCCACCUCAUGGCGCUCUUGCAGCACGUCGCCCUGCAGUUUGAACCUGGACCCCUGCUCUGCUGCCUGCACGCGGACAUGCUGGCUUCUCUGGGCCCCAAGGAGGCCAAGAAGGCCUUCCUCGACUUCUACCAUAGCUUCCUGGACAAGACCGCGGUCUUGCGGGUGCCGGUCCCUCCCACUGUCGCCUUUGAACUUGACCGCACGCGGCCCGACCUCCUCCCUGAGGACGUCCAGCGGCAGUUUGUGCAGGAGGUAGUGCAGAGCCAGCAGGCAGCCGUCAGCCGGCUGCUGGAGGACUUCCGCUCCAAGCGGCUCAUGGGCAUGACGCCCUGGGAGCACGACCUGACCCAGCUGGAGGCCUGGGUUGGGCGGGACCGUGCCAGCUUCGAGGCCCGGGAGCGGCACCUGGCCGAGCGGCUGCUGACCCAUCUGGAGGAGAUGCAACCCACCAUCUCUACCGAUGAGGAAAAGAGUGCCGCUGUGGUCAACGCCAUCAGCCUGUACAUGCGCCACCUUGGGGUGCGGACCAAGAGUGGAGACAAGAAGUCGGGGAGGAAUUUCUUCCGAAAGAAGAUGAUGGGGAAUCGGCGGUCAGAUGAGCCAACCAAGACCAAGAAAGGCCUGAGCAUCUUCCUGGACGCCGCCCGCUGGAACCGGGGAGAGCCUCAGGCCGCCGAUUUCCGACACCUCAAAGUCGAGGCUGAUGCUGAGAAGCCAGGCCUUACGGAAAGGAGGGGAGGCCUGGGGGUGCCCUCCCGGGACCGGAAUGUUGGGGCUCCUGGGCAGGAUGUCCCUGGAGUUUCUCUGCACCCUCUGUCUGGAGACAGCCCCGACAAGGAACCAGGUGUUGAUGCCCCACCAGAGCUGGGGGAUGCGCCCCCGCAGGGCCCGGCCAGCCUGGAGCCCCUGGCGCCCCCGGAGAGCACUGAGGAGGGCGCUGACACAGAGAGCCCUGAGCCCGGAGAUGAAGGGGACCCGGGACGGUCAGGACUAGAGCUGGAACCAGAAGAGCCCCCUGGCUGGCGGGAGCUCAUCCCCCUUGGCACCCUGCACAGCCUGCCCAAGAGCCAGGUGAAGCGGCAGGAGGUCAUCAGCGAGCUGCUGGUGACAGAGGCCGCCCACGUGCGCAUGCUCCGGGUGCUGCAUGACCUCUUCUACCAGCCCAUGGCGGAAGGGGGCUUCUUCUCUCAGGAGGAGCUACAGAACAUCUUCCCCAGCCUGGACGAGCUCAUCGAGGUGCAUUCCCUGUUCCUCGAUCGGCUGAUGAAGCGGAGGCAGGACAGUGGCCACCUCAUUGAGGAGAUCGGAGAUGUGCUGCUGGCCCGGUUUGAUGGUACCGAAGGCGGCUGGUUCCAGAAAAUCUCCUCCCGCUUCUGCAGCCGCCAGUCGUUUGCCUUAGAGCAGCUCAAAGCCAAGCAGCGCAAGGAGCCUCGGUUCUGUGCCUUUGUGCAGGAGGCCGAGAGCCGCCCGAGGUGCCGUCGCCUGCAGCUGAAGGAUAUGAUCCCCACGGAGAUGCAGCGUCUGACCAAGUAUCCCCUGCUCCUGCAGAGCAUUGGGCAGAACACAGAAGAGCCGGCGGAACGGGAGAAAGUGGAACGGGCAGCUGAGUGCUGCCGGGAAAUUCUGCACCAUGUUAACCAAGCUGUGCGCGACAUGGAGGACCUGCUGCGGCUCAAGGAUUAUCAGAAACGCCUGGACUUGUCCCACCUGCGGCAGAGCAGUGACCCCAUGCUGAGCGAGUUCAAGAACCUGGACAUCACCAAGAAGAAGCUGGUGCACGAGGGCCCGCUGACGUGGCGGGUGACGAGGGACAAGGCUAUAGAGGUCCACGUGCUGCUGCUGGACGACCUGCUGCUGCUACUCCAGCGCCAGGACGAACGGCUGCUGCUCAAGUCCCACAGCCGGACGCUGACGCCCACGCCUGACGGCAAGACCAUGCUGCGGCCCGUGCUGCGGCUCACGUCCGCCAUCACCCGCGAGGUGGCCACCGAUCACAAAGCCUUCUAUGUCCUUUUCACGUGGGACCAGGAGGCCCAGAUAUACGAACUGGUGGCCCAGACCGUGUCAGAACGGAAGAACUGGUGUUCCCUCAUCACCGAGACUGCUGGAUCCUUGAAGGUCCCCGCUCCCGCCUCUCGCCCCAAAUCCCGGCCCAGCCCAAGCAGCACCCGAGAACCCCUGCUCAGCAGCUCGGAGAACGGCAACGGUGCUGGCCGAGAGAUGCCCCCAGUGGACAGCCGGACCGAGAGAAUCCUGAGCACCCUCCUGCCCUACUGCAGGCCCGGCCCCGAGGGCCAGCUCGCGGCCAAGGCCCUUGAGAAAGUGCUGUCCCUGAAGCAGCUCCUGUUUCCCUCGGAGGAAGACAGCGGGGCGGGACCUCCCCGUGAUGGGGAUGGGGUCCCAGGGGGCGGCUCCCAGAGCCCGACCCAGACCCAGGAGAUUCGGGAGAAGCUGCUCAGCCUGGAGGAGACCCUGAAGCAGCUGGAGGAGGUGGAGGAAGAAUUUUGUCGCCUGCGACUCCUCCUGUCUCAGCUUGGGGAGAACACCGCCCCCCAGCCUGGCUGUACCUGAGGCCCCCUGCCCCAGGCAGGCCUUUCGCAAGACUGAGGGCCACCCGCCGCCACCGCACAGCUGCCGCAGCAUCUCCAACCCCAAGGGCCUGAGGAGAGGGAGCUGGGCUGCUGGGGGGGGGGGCCUAUGCCUGGGGGGGCCCAGCUGGGAUCACCGCCUCCCCCCCGCCAACCUCCCGUCGGCCUUCUCUCCCUCCUGCUUGGGGGACUCAGGGCUUCAUUCCAGGGGGGGAACCACAGUGACCCCCCCCCCCAUUACCCAGGCCAUCUCUGUAGUGCCUGGGGGGGGCACCCCUCCAUUCCCCACCCCCAAGUGCCUUUGCUAUGUUUUUAUACCCUGAAUUGGAGGUUUAUUUUUUAAUAUAUAUUAUCUAAGGAG